AUGGAUUCUGGUAGCCAUGAUUUCCUGGCCCCAGUUAUGUAUCUCACCGCCAUUCUUCAACUCAUCAGGCAAACCCAAUGUCCCAAGUUGGAGCAAUUGCAGCAAUUCGAUGAUGCACAUUUGUCCGCCAUCGCUGAAAAAUCAUUGAAAGAAGUUACUUAUCAUCAAAGGUGGAGUAGUGAAUGGGUGAUCAGGCUGGGCGACGGUACCAAUGAAAGUCACCAGCGAAUGUUGGGCGCACUGGAAAAUAUUUGGGAAUAUACAGGAGAGUUAUUUGUCGCCGCGGACUAUGAAAAGGAGAUCGGUAUCGACCCCGCUGUAUUGAAGGAAAAAUGGAUGGCAAAAGUGCAGGAUAUUUUCCGUGAAUCAACGAUUCCGGUUCCUGCUCCUGUUUAUAUGCAGGAGGGUGGUAAACAAGGCAGGCAUUCGGAACAUCUGGGUUAUAUACUGACUGAACUACAAUACCUCCAACGAGCCUAUCCCGGCAGUGAAUGGUAA